CCAAUAUCUUACCCUAUGGCCUCAGAGGACUCACAGCAUGAUUCAUCAAUAAAGGGAUACUUCUUUCUUCCAGGAUCUAUUCAGGAGCAGUAGCUGGGAUCUGCCUACUCCACAACUUCCAAUCCUCCAACUUCAUAUUCCAGUAACGACUAGGACUAUAUAGCACAUAGUCCUGGGAUAGCUAAUCUACCUUUCUUGCCAACUUUUACUGGGGUCUGGACAAUGGAGUCUUUUUGGGUGGCAUGAUGGAGGUGUUUUUUCUACUACAGAAACAUCCUAAUAAUGCUCAGUAUUUGCUCCCUAUGUUGGCUAGCUGGCUUCAAUAGCUCAUGGGUCCUGACUACCAGCCUAAUUCCUGGCCCAGCUAGUUUGGAGCUUUUGGUAUCAAUGGAAAUCAGUCAGCCUCCCUAGAACUACCACCAGACAAAACAAACAAAAAAUUCAGGAUUAUGCCUUAGCAAAAACAUCUUCAUACCUGAAAGCACAGCUUUUUGGGGGGAGGAGAGAGAGAGACUACGGCGGCUCCGAGGAGGGGGAGGGAGAGUCAGGCCGCUCCCGUUCUUCAGACAGUUGUGAAAAUCGCCGGGAACUAAUGGCUGCUGCAAUUAUAGCCCCACUUGCCGUCGGGGGCGAGGAGACCACGGCAGCGGCCCGGGUUCCGGGAUCUACGGGGUUGCCGGGGAGUCGUAGCGCCGAGCGGGCUCUGGAAGAGGCUGUAGCCACUGGGACAUUGAACCUGUCGAACCGACGUCUGAAGCAAUUCCCCAGGGGCACGGCCAGUGGCUACGACCUAUCUGAUAUAACCCAAGCUGACCUGUCCAGGAACCGGUUCCCUGAGGUGCCAGAGGCAGCAUGUCAGCUGGUGUCCCUAGAGGGGCUGAGCCUCUAUCACAACUGUCUUCGGUGUCUAAACCCAGCGCUGGGAAAUCUCACAGCCCUUACUUACCUCAACCUAAGCCGGAACCAACUGUUGUCGCUGCCUCCUUAUAUCUGCCAGCUGCCCCUUCGUGUGCUCAUUGUCAGCAACAACAAGCUGGGAUCCCUGCCUCCUGACAUUGGGGCCUUGGGAAGUCUAAGACAGCUUGAUGUAAGCAGCAAUGAGCUUCACUCCCUUCCCCUCCAAUUGGGUAAACUCCACUCUUUGAGGGACCUUAAUGUUCGAAGGAAUCAGCUCAGCACUCUUCCUGAUGAGUUGGGAGAUCUUCCUCUUGUCCGUUUGGACUUCUCCUGUAACCAUGUUUCUCGAAUCCCAAGCUCUUUCCGCCGCCUCAGGCACCUCCAAGUCAUUCUGCUGGAUAGCAACCCCCUUCAGAGCCCUCCUGCACAGAUUUGCCUGAAGGGAAAGCUUCAUAUCUUCAAGUACCUUUCAUUAGAAGCUGGAGAACGGGGAGUCUCUGGGUUUGGGGACCUGCCACCCUCUCAUUCAACAAGCUUCAGCCACUGCCCUGUGGAAGAUUUGUUCCCUGGACGCUGGUAUGAUGGUGGGCUGGACUCUGGUUUCCACAGUGUUGACAGUGGAAGUAAGAGGUGGUCUGGAAAUGAGCUUACAGAUGAAUUUUCAGAACUAUCUUUUCGUAUCUCAGAAUUGACUCAAGAGCCUCGGGGGCUUAGGGAGCAGAGGGAAAAUCAUAUAGGUGAUGGGGACCCUGAACAAAUUGACUUCAUAGACAGCAGUGUACCUGGGGAGGAGGAGGAGAGAGGUCCUAUUGAGGAGCAGCAGCUGGCAGAGCAAAAGAUCCCAGAGAUGCAAGUAGAAAAGCCUCCUAGUGCCAGAUUGGAGGAGCAAGCUGGGGAAGAACGUCGUCGGCCAGAGACUCUGCAGCUGUGGCAGGAUCGAGAGAGAAGGCAACAGCAGCAGGGAGGCUUGUGGGGACUCCCCAGAAAGGAGAGUUUCCUGAAAAUGGCAAACAAAAGUAGUGAUGGAAGUGUUACUUGCAUAGCCUCCUACAAUAAUCCCUUUAAGAGAAGUGGCCCCCAGUUUGGAGCCCCUGAACCUAACCCUUCUUCCCUGGACCCUCACCAAACAGCCUGUCCAGCCACUGGCCCAUCUUUCCAGCCACUUGGUUCCUUCCAAAAGCCAAAUAGUUUCCUAUUCCGUUCAUCUUCUCAGAGCAGCUCAGGCCCAUUUUCAUCAGAGCCCAUUCUGAGGCCAAGAAGGUCCCACCAGUCAAUGGACAAGGAAGAAUUAAUGACUCAACUCCGACAGGUCCUUGAAUCUUGCUUACAACAAUCCCUGCCUGAGGAUUUAGUUGAUGCUCUGGCUAAUGGUGUUGUCCUGUGUCAGUUAGCCAACCACCUCCGUCCACGUUCUGUGCCCUUCAUCCAUGUACCCUCACCUGCUGUGCCAAAACUUAGUGCUCUCAAGGCUCGAAAGAAUGUGGAGAGUUUCUUAGAAGCCUGUCGAAAGAUGGGAGUACCUGAGGUAGGAAGCAAGAUGCUGUGGGACCCUACAGGGUGGGGUGCAUGCUGUGAAGGUGGGAGAGAGGUACAUGGAGGAGGAGGGCUGGGUGUAUUGCAUGAAGGAAACAAAAGGGAUGGUAGAUCCCAUGAGAAAGCAUGUCUAUAUGGGGAAAAGCUUAGCUUAUGGGUUUCAGCAUGUGAGGGAGAUUUGGGAGGGGAAGGUUUUGCUGCUGCUGAUGUCUGUCUGUCUGUUCUGCUUCCCUGCCCUUCUGACCUACCUCAGGCUGACCUGUGCCUGCCCUCCGACCUCCUCCAGGGUACCACACAGGGGCUACGUACCACGAUGGAGGCUGUGAAGUGUGGUGGGAGGGAGGGCCCCCUGCCCCUUGGGCUCUCUCCCAGCCUGGGUGGCUUCGCCUUAUUCUACGUGGUCCUCAUGUUCCUGCUCUAUGUCACCUAUGCUGGGCUCCUAGGCUCCUAGGACCUUGGAGUCUGAACAUCCUCAAACCUCUUGUGCCUAUUUAUGAUAAUUCCUUCCUCCACUACUACCCACUCCCCUCAAAAACAUUUUUGACUUGUGGGGACUUAGCUCAGUUACCUUUUUCCUAUUCUUUCUGACUAAUGAUGCCUUUUGCCUUCACAAAACUUUACUGCUUCCCGAUUCCAUAUAUGCAUACAGUGACUUCAGAAGUCUCAUGCUGCCUCAUCCCCAUUCACCAUGGGCCCUUAUCCUCACUUAUUGUGGGUUCUCUUCAUUCCCUCUGGUUCUGGAUUCUUUAGAGAGGCUUUGGGCCUCCUGCACUCUGUUCUACCUCUCUUCUCCCUUUUCCUCUUACCUUCCCCCCUCCACCCAAUCCUCUCCUGUUAAAUUAUCUUUAUUUUGUAGAGAAAUCAUUAUAUUUUUAGGGGAUGGUAGGGCCCUUGCCCAAGACUCCCUCUUUGUUUAUAAAUUGUAUAGACCUUGA